UAUCGUCCAACAAGUGUCCCCCCUGAUUCUGUACCCCCUACCCCCUCACUAUUCACAGUCAGACAACAAUUCAAAUCUCGGAUAAGCCUCUUUCCGAAAUCUCGCCAGUUGCAGUCCCUCAUGCAACUCAACUCAAGUCUCUCCCUUAUAAAUUCUCAUGCAAAUCCCACAAACUCAACACCAACAUUUCUCUUAUCUUCUUCUCCUUAGCUUGAGCAAUCGUUCUUGAUUUUACUUAAAAGAAAAAAUAAUGGAGGUUCAGCAGCUCGAGCAAGAGCAGCCAUCGUCACAGUCUUUUAAAAAGAUUGUAACGGUGGCCUCCAUUGCCUGCGGGAUCCAGUUCGGCUGGGCGCUUCAGCUCUCUUUACUCACUCCCUACGUUCAGCUUCUUGGAAUCCCUCAUAAAUGGGCUUCCCUAAUUUGGCUCUGCGGCCCCGUUUCCGGGCUACUCGUGCAGCCGAUUGUUGGUUUCCAUAGUGACACAUGCACCUCCCGUUUCGGACGCCGCCGGCCCUUCAUUGCCGCCGGGGCUGUUCUCGUCGCUAUUGCCGUCUUCCUCAUUGGCUUCGCUGCCGAUUUGGGACACCUGUUUGGGGACUCCGUCUCCCGACAGAUCAAACCGCGGGCUAUCGCCGUCUUUGUUCUCGGGUUCUGGAUCCUCGACGUCGCGAACAACACGUUGCAGGGACCCUGCCGGGCGUUUCUCGCGGAUCUUUCCGGGAACAACCAUAAGAAAACUCGGACCGCUAACAAUUUUUUCUCCUUCUUCAUGGCGGUCGGUAACGUUCUCGGCUACGCCGCCGGCUCCUACACUCAUCUUUACCACAUGCUCCCGUUUACCAAAACAAAAUCUUGUGAUUAUUACUGCGCGAACCUCAAGACUUGUUUCAUUCUCUCCAUAACACUCCUCUUAACGCUAACCACGGCUGCUCUGAGUUACGUACGCGAAAACCCCUGGUCGCCGGAAAACUCCGGGAACGAGGGCGGCGAGAUUGUCGCCAGCGGAGACAAGCUCGGAGAAGAGUCGUCAAACUCAAAAGUGCCAUUUUUUGGAGAAAUUUUUACCGCGUUUAAGGGAUUACAAAAACCCAUGUGGAUUCUUCUUCUCGUUACGGCGCUCAACUGGAUUGCAUGGUUCCCGUUUUUGUUGUUCGACACGGACUGGAUGGGGCGGGAGGUUUACGGCGGGAAUUCGCAAGGGAGUGCGAAGGAGCUGAAAACGUACAACGAUGGCGUGCGGGCCGGGGCCCUGGGUUUAAUGUUAAACGCCGUCGUUCUGGGGCUGACGUCUCUGGGGGUUGAGUAUUUGGCACGUGCGGUUGGCGGGGUGAAGAGACUGUGGGGGAUUGUGAAUUUUUUAUUGGCGUUUUGUUUGGCCAUGACACUUUUGGUUACCAAAAUGGCGGAGUCGAAUCGGGGAGGGGUGGCGGCCGUGAGCGGUGGAGCCACCGGCCAUAUUUUGCCACCGUCGGUUGGUGUGAAAGUUGGUGCUUUGGCUAUCUUCACUGUGCUGGGGAUCCCUCAAGCAAUAACUUUCAGUGUCCCAUUUGCUAUGGCAUCCAUAUUCUGUAAAUCUUCAACUGCUGGUCAAGGGCUUUCCUUGGGAGUUCUUAACCUUGCAAUAGUUAUUCCACAGAUGCUGGUGUCUUUAGUUGGAGGACCCUUUGAUGCUCUAUUCGGAGGAGGCAACAUGCCCGCUUUUCUCGCCGGAGCAGUCUUUGCCGCAGCAAGUGGCAUCGUGGCACUGACCAUGCUGCCAUCACCGCCGCCCGAUACUCCGACAAAAGCUCCAAUAGUUGGAUUUCAUUAAUUUAUGUGGGAUUCAGAUUUAGUUGAAGCUCGCAAAAGAAAGCUUUUUUUUUGUUUGAGGCAAAUGUGUAAUGUAAUGUGAAUUUUGGUAUCAUAAUGCAGAAAAAAUGAGAUAAAAUUUAUUUGUAACGUCGAGAUCUGUAGAGAUACCAUCUUCAAGUGCAAUAUAAGCUAACCAUAAAUGUGUCUUUAUUUGGUAAA